AUGCCUUUCCUCACCGUAAACAACCACCAACUCCACUACGCCGACACCCACCCCAACGGCGCCCCCGCAAACUCCCAAACCCUCAUCUUCAUCCACGGCCUCGGCUCCUCCCAGAACUACUACUUCCCUAUCCUCCCCUACCUACCCAACCACCGCUGCAUCACCCUCGACACCUACGGCUCUGCCCGCGCCACCUAUACCGGCCACCCGGUCUCAAUCCCCUCCAUAGCCGCAGAUGCUAUCGCCGUCCUGGACGCCCUCCACAUCCCCAAAGCAGUGGCAAUCGGCCACUCAAUGGGCGGACUAGCCGUCACCCUCCUCGGAGCCCAACACACAGACCGCAUAAAUGCCGUAGUAACAAUCGGGCCAACGCACCCCACCCCAACCCUAACAUCUGUAAUGACCAAGCGAGCUGAAACCGUUCUGGAAGCGGGAAUGGAACCCAUGGCCAAUACCGUGCCCUACCAGGCCACCGGCUCGGGAUGCUCGUCGCUAGCGAAGGCAUUUAUCCGGGAGCUGAUCAUCGGGCAGGAUCCGAAGGGUUAUGCGGCGCUGUGUGGUGCUAUUGCGAGUGCGCCGGUCAUUGAUUAUUCGGCUGUUAAGGUGCCGUUUUUGUUGCUUGCUGGGGAGGAGGAUCGGUCAGCACCUUUGGAGGGGUGUCGGGUUAUUUUCGAGGGAGUGGCGAGUACGGAGAAGAAGUUUGAGGUGUUGGAGGGGGUUGGACAUUGGCAUUGUGUUGAGGCCCCAGGGGUGGUGGGGGAGGCUGUUGCAGGGUUUGUUGAUGGGUUGUGA